AUGGGCACUUACGUGGGCAAGCUGGGACUCUCGCCAUCAUCCCCAGCAGAGGGGCGCACAGACUCGUCGGAGAGGCCCUUGAACCGCCGGCCAGAUCAGCCCCUUCAUGAGGUCCCCCGGGUUCAGCACGUCCAUCGUGCCCACCCUGCCCCUCGGCACAGACCUGCGAGGAGGCUGCCGAACGGGGAUCCUACCAGUCCCAACGCGUGGGUGGUCCACGAGGCUUGGAGGCGCUUUCCCAUGAACAGGUCCCGGAGUUCCAUCAUGGGGCCUCUUCCCUCAGACGGGUGGGAAAGUUACUUCAAGCGGAGUAUCUGGUCUCUUCGGCACCCCAGGGCAAUAUGGAGCCCGGUGACCAUCAGGCUCGCUCCUCGUGAGCGGACAGCGCCCCCCUCCACUGCCCCAGCAGAGGUAACGAACUCUGCAGGGGUCUCACCUUCUGAGAAGCCCCCAGACCCAUGUGCGAAGGAGACAGUGCUGAGGGCCCUCAGAGAGUGCAAGAAGGGGAAAGUGAGGUGGGAAGAACGACUGUCCCAUGAGAGCUUGGACAGUAGGAGAAGGAUUCCAGAGACCAGACCAUCUGCGUUUAAGCCUCUGACGAAAAAUGGAGUCCUCACUUCUUUUGUGCCCAGGCCUGGGCCUCUGCAGAGAAGCCUCGACUGCUGGGGCUCAGAUCACAGUUUGAAUAACAGGCCCAGCUGCUCCUCCAUGGACUCCUUGGCCAGCACACACACAGGUGGCCCCCUUAGCUCCCAAAGAAAUGCUAUUACAAGCUCUUACAGCUCUUCUAGAGAUUUCUCUGAGCCUUGGAAGAGAAGUAUUCCCAGUACAUCACUCCAGAUACCAGAGUGGCCAAAAACAAGGAAAGAACAUGGUCAUCCGUCUCACUCUCCAGUCCCACCGGUAUCAGAUGAGCCCCCAGAAACAUCCGGCAGCUCUGGGCAGCAAAAUCAGAUUCCCCUGCUUCUAUCAAGCCCUGGGAGCCUGCUGUCCCUGACUCCACCUCCUCAGCUUGGUUAUGCAGUCCCUGAAGACCUGGCCUUAGGGAAGAAAGCUGGACUCCAACGGAGCAACAAAGCCAGAGAGGAUACGACUGAGGUCACCACAGACUCUGUCCCUGACACUUGGUCUGCUCUUCAGCCUUCCCUGUCCCAGGGCACUGACCCUCAGCUGGAAAGCUUACAUAAAAUGCAGAAGUCUCCAAGUCCACUGGCCUUCCCACAACCUACCGGAGAGGCAAUCAGUGUGGCCCACUCGCCUCUGAAGACAGCGAGCCUGCUGGCCCCACUUGGGUGCUCACAUUCAGAGCCCCUUUCAGGCACCUCUUCAGACUCAAAAUCCACAACUACUUUCAUCCUUCACCCUUGUUUUCCCACAUCACCAGUCACUGACACCACAUGGCCACCUUCAACCUCUCAGGCUGCCAUACCCCGAGACUCACCUGCCUAUCCCUCAGCACCCACUAUGCAAAGCACUUUGUUUGGAUUGAUGAGCAGCCCAACUCCCCAUCUUCCUGCAUCUGCACCUCCUGUUGCAACUUCUGCUGACCGCAUGUCAAAACCCAUUUUGGGGCUCCCAGCCAAGAGUGAGAUAGGAGGCUCCUCAUAUUCCAGAAUUUCCAGCACAGCUGCAGCAUCUACACCUCCGGGUAUCUCAACUCCCACCUUCAAGCCUAUCUUUGGCAGCAUAGGACCACUUAAAACUAUGCCCGUGAGAGCUCCUUUCUCUUUCAAGCAGACCUCUCCUCCACCUACUCCUGCUUCUACCCGUCUCUUCCAUGGCCUGGUCAAGGCUACCUCUGUAGUCGUGUCCACCACCCCAGCCAGCACAGCCGAAGGCUCUUUUAAGCCACCUUUGGACUUUGGUGUCGUGAAUGUUACCAGUACCAUGGGCAACACUUGCUCCAUCCCUUCCACUUGCCACACUUUCCCUCUCGGAGCUGCCUGUGCCUUCAGGGCCAGCUUCUCCCCAGCUGCAGGCUUCACUUCCCCACUAUGCCAGCGUCCAACCGUUCCUACUGUGCACACAGUCACCAUCUUUAGCCAGGUUCUUCCCAGUGCUGUCCAGAUAUCCCCUACCAGGAGCACCGCCAAUUUUAGCGCUGUGGGUAGCCCUCUGGCAACUUCAGCCCUAGUAACUACCAACCAGCCUGCAUUGUCAUCCAGGAUCUCCAGUUCGACCGCAGCAUUCACGGUUCCCUUGGAGUCAAGCUCAAGGCCACCUUUCCCACUAUCCCUGGGAGCCACUCCCCAACCUGCGUUUGGGGCUGCAUAUGUGCAGAAGCAAGAAGCCCCCCAACCAGCCCUUGGCCCAAGCUUCAGUAGCUCUUUCAUUUUUGGAAGCUCACCAGUGACCUCCUCAAUCCCAACACCGACUCCAGCCCAGCCAUCCUUCAGCGGUACCACGCAGUCAGCCUUUGGGGGUUUGGCACCCUCAGUCUCCACCUUUCACAUCCCCGCCAGCUUCCGGCCGGCCUUUGACAGCACUCCAGUAGGUCCCUUUGGUCAAGCUAAUACGAAUGGUUUGGGAGUUGUCACCCCAACCCACCGGAGUGGGGCUUGUGGCUCAGUGUUUGGCAGCACAGCCCCACGACCUUUUGACUUUGGGGGAUUGGUGACCCCUAUAGACUGUGAGGAGACUGGGAUGGGCGUCACUGCCCCAGACAUGAGCUCCAACUCUGGAGCAUUCAGCACUGGAGCAGAGCCAAGUGAGACCACUAGCACCAUCACACCCUUGGGAAAAGGCUGCGGCCCAAACAACCAGGGCCGGACCAGCCAGGGCACACAUUUUGCCUUGGGGAAGGCCAGCAUUUCUGCAAGAAAAACUAUGUUUGGGGACCCCUCCAUGGCUCCCUUUGCUCAGAGCACCCCUGUCACUGGAUCAGUUAAGGCAGGCAGCAGCCUUGGCUUUGGGAUGCCCUCUCCACCGCCCCAGGGCUCUGCUGGGAGAAGAUCUUUCAGACUGUCAGCUCCUUCAUUUUCCAUUGGUGCAAAAUCAAAAUCCCCAAAGAAUAGGGAGCAAGGGCAUUCCCGAAGGCCUCAUGCCCACAAGAAAUAA